AGAGAGAGAGAGAGAGAGAGAGAGAGAGAGAAAGAAAGAAAAAAAAAAAAAAUAUCACCAGGCCAACAAACCAGGCCGGCCGAGCUUGUCCCUGACCGCUGACCGCCAGAGUGGGAAUUCAAGGUUUUUUUUUUUCUCAUUUAUCCUACAGACUCGCAUGCCAACGACAUUACCGGCCAACUGCCUCCUUUCUGCUCUCCCUCACCUCCAUUUUACCCCUCUACACCUGUCCCCAUUCCCACGAGAGAGUGCGCUCGUGUGGUUCACUUUGUAUCGCGGUAUACUUGUUGUAGUAUAAGCGCCAUUGAGCUUAUCGCUUGUCUUGUCACUGUGGCCACGCCUCGACUGACACCUCCUGCAAUCCACAGGGACAUCUCUUUGCAUAUCAAUUGACUCGUAGCCCGACCGACAAUGGGAAAUAUCCUGUCCACACUCUCAGGCGCCGAUCCACUAGCCAAGGACCAUUUGGACAAGAGGAUUGCCGAGCAGGACCAACGGGUCGCCACCCUCGAGGAAGAGGCCGAUGCUCUGCGGAAGAAGAUAGCUGAAUUGGAACGCGAGAACCAGCAGCAAGCCGACAAGCAUCAAGCCGAGGCCGCUGCCCGCGCUCUCGAGUCCGAUGGCGCCGCCAAAGAGCAGCUGAAGUCCCUCGAGGACAAGCUCGCCUCUCUCGAGCAGACCAAGGAGUCUCUUUCACAGGAGCUAGCUUCCGCUAAGAAGGAUCUCGACGGAUCCACGGAGAAUUACAGCUCACUCGCAGCUGAUCUCGUCGCCGUCAAGAAGGAAGUCGCUGCUGCGGCUGCUGCCCGUGAUGCCCUACAGGCCGAGCAGAGCAAGACUGCCGAGGAGCUAUCCUCCGCCACGAAGGCCCUCGAAGAGCAAAAAGCCGCCCUCGCCAAGUCACAGAGCGACAAGGAUCAAUUGCAGCAGUCGCAUGAUGCUCUGAAAAAGCAGUCCGACGAUCAGCUAUCCACCACCAACGCUAGCUUAGCCGAGGCGCAACAGUCAAAGUCCGACUUGGCACAGGCACAUGAGAAGCUGACUGCCGACCUCACUGCUACUCAAGAGAAGGCUGCGGAAUGGCAGGGCAAACAUGACGCCCUGAAGUCCACAUAUGAUGACUUGAUUGCCCGGUCAGGUGCCACCACGCAGGAGGUCGCAGAAUGGCAAGAGAAGCACCAGACCUUGCAAGCGACAUACGAAAAGCUUCAAUCUGAGUUAGAAGCCGCGAAAAAGCAGGUCGCUGACUCGGAAGCCAAGCAAAAGACGCUUCAAACAGACUACGACGCUGUCGUUGCCGAGCGUGACGCCACCAAGAAGGAGGUUACAGAGUGGCAAGAGAAGCACCAGGCAUUACAGACCAAAUAUGAUGGUCUUGCCAGUGAAUACGAGACUGCCAAAGGAACUGCAUCUGCUGACUUGGAGGCAGCCAAGAAGGAGUCUUCUGAAUGGCAGGAGAAGCAUGCCAGUGCUUCGAGCGAGCUAACCUCCGCCAAGAAAGAAUCAGCGGAAUGGCAAGACAAGCACACGGCCAUUUUGAGCGAGUUGGACGCUGCUAAGAAGGGGUCAUCUGAGUCGAAAGAGAAGCAUGACGCCUUGGUGGCAGAGUUGGACGCGGCCAAGAAAUCAUCUGCACAGCUCGAAGAAAAGCUGAAGUCUCUACAGAGUUCACAGGAUGAGUCGGCUAAGGAGUCCGACUCGUUGAAACAGGAGCUUGAGGCAGGCAAGAAGCAACAGCAGGAACUCCAGGAAAAGUACGAUUCUCUUGUUGCCAAACAAGUGGAGAAGUUGAAGAGCCACAAGGCAGAGUUACAGAAGGCCAACGAGGACAAGGCCAAGGCCGAAAAGGAUCUAGCCGAACUCCAGGACGGUAACAACAGCCUCAAAGCCGAGGUUGAAAAGACUUCUCAGCAAGUGACCGAACUCGAGACAAAGUUGAAGUCCGCCGAGGAGGAUAGCAGCAAGUUCAAGGCCCAGGUUGAUGAGAAGUCGGCCGAGGCCCAGAACGCUACCAAGCAGGUCAGCGAACUCGAGACUAAGCUCAAGAGUGCAGAAGAGGCAAGCGACAAGGCCAAGACGCAGGUUGACGAGCAGGCCAAGGAGAUUACUGGCCUUCGCGAGCAGAGUGAGGCGGCUGAGAAGAAGGCCACAGCGGCUGAGGAAGGUCUACAGACUGCGACCAAGGACAAGGCGGCUCUCGAAGCCAAGCUUGCGGAGCUAGAAGCUGACAUCAAGACAGCUCAAGAUUCCAAGUCAGAACUCCAGUCCAGCGUCGAUCGCCUCGAAAGCGAAAAGAAAGCUCUAGAGGAUGAGUUGAAGCAGGAGAAGGAAAAGACGAAGGAGAAUGAAAAGCCCAACGGUGUCGCGGCGGAAGCUGCCGAGGUGAAGGCAGAAUAAGGCGAACCAACAAUCAACAACCAAGAUUGCCUUGCCUUGCCUUGCCUGCCUUGCCUGCCUU